AUGCAGCUUUUGGUGAGGGUGCCGUCUCUUCCAGAGCGCGGCGAGCUGGACUGCAACAUCUGCUACCGGCCUUUCAACCUCGGGGACCGCGCGCCCCGCCGCCUGCCCGGGACGGCGCGCGCCCGCUGCGGCCACACGCUCUGCACCGCAUGCCUGCGCGAGCUGGCGGCGCGCGGCGACGGUGGCGGGGUGGCGGCGCGCGUGGUGCGCCUGCGCCACCUCGUCACGUGCCCCUUCUGUCGCGCUCCCACCCCACUCCCGCGCGGCGGGGUCACGGAGAUCUCUGUCGACCCGGACUUAUGGUCGCGCUUGGAGGCAAAAGUCAGGCGCGAAUCUGAUGAGGCGGGUGGCGACGCCAACAGAGAGGCCGAUGAUGAGGAAAAGGAGAGCGAGAAAGGGGCGGGGCCUAGGAGCGCAGGGUGGCGCGCGCUCCGGCGGCUCUGGGCCCAGGUGCUGGUGCCCGCGCUCGGGUGGCGGCGCCCGCUGCCUAGCAACGUGCUGUACUGUCCGGAGGUCAAGGACUUGGCCCACAUGACCCGCUGCACGCCGUAACCGGGGAACUCAAGCUACGGUAGAAGAAAGGUGGGAGCUGCGUUCUCGGG